CCAUCCCCAUUCUCACUACCACAGAGGUUAGCAACGAGAGAGAGUGAAAUCUUACGCUGUGCGAAACAAGCUUGCUUUAAGUAGUGGACUUCCCUUAAAUGCUUUUUUCUUUUCUUAAAAAUAAAAAAAAACAGCAGCGCCCCUGUAUCGCCGCGUAUAGCUUUGAAUUUUUUUUUUUUUAUUUAUUUAUAUAUAUAAAAUAUUUUUUUUUCUCCUUGCUUCUACCCCUAAUCAGCCGUCACCCUGAAGUUUCUAGCCGUCCUCCUCGCCGCAGGAAUGCUGGCGUUUCUCGGGGCAAUCGUCUGCAUCAUCGUCAGCGUUCAGCCGGGCGCCAACGGGGCCCCGCAACAGCUUGCCACCGACAAUGACUCUCUCUCAUCAGUGGCGGGGAUGCAGCCUUUCCCGCCGGGGGCUGUGCACGCCGGAGCGGAGGCAGAAGCGGGGCCGCUGGGAGCUCUCCAUGGUACUGAAGGCGGCGGUGGGGACCGCGGUCUGGGGCUGGCUUUGGAAUCAUCGACUUUCACUGGAUUGAGCGGCGGACAGACUCAACAGUUUGCGUUCAGCCGAAUGAUUUGCACUCCCAUCCCGGCCGACAAGUGCAAACCAAACGCGAAAUCGAAUGAGCAGCAAGCCGACGAUCCGUUUCUCUACUCCGGAGAGGAUCAGGGUUAUCUGCGCUCUGCUGCCGACCAGCUGAGACAGACCAUGAUGCUGCAAAAGGAUCAGAUUUUAAGAGACCAGGAGACCAUACGCGAGCUGACCGGGAAGCUAGGCGAGUGCGAGACCGGGCUGGAGGAGCGGAGUGUUGGUGGGAAAGGAGCGGUUCUCUGGGGUCCCCGGAGGGACACCGCCCGCAUGGCCGGGGAUCACGCACCCGAGUCGGGUUCACACUCAUAUUCAGCACGGGCUUUGGAAGAGUUGGAACACGCCAUUCACAACAUGAAAGACCGGAUCGAGAAACUGGAGACAGAUCUGGUGUCCCGGGGGAACAGCACCCCCCCCUCUGGCACCCCCUGGGUACAGGGAGACUCUCUGCAGUGGAAGGUAGAGGACCUCGAAGACCAGCUGCAGCUGAAGAUGAGCCAGCUGGAGAAACAGAGAUCCAAAGUGCUGAAGGAGACAGAGCGCAACAGACAUGAGAUCGACCAGGGAAUGAACUCUCUGCACCACAGAGUCACCGAGCUUGAGCAAGGUCUCCCAGAAUACAACCUCCCAGAAGGAUACAAGCUCUCUUUCCCAGUUCGCACUAACUACAUGUAUGCGCGGGUUCGACGCAGCAUCCCGGAGCUCUACUCCUUCUCAGCAUGCCUGUGGGUGCUCUCACACUCCUCCUCAGGAAUUGGGACCCCCUUCUCCUACUCCGUCCCGGGACAGGCCAACGAGAUUGUGCUGCUGCAGGGCGUCCAUAACCCAGUGGAGCUGCUCAUUAAUGACAAGGUGGCCCAGCUCCCUCUCCAACUGACUGAGUCCCGCUGGCACCACGUGUGUGUCACCUGGACACUGCGGGAUGGGGAGUGGCGUGCCUACCAGGACGGGGAGUUGAGGGGGCACGGAGACAACCUGGCAGCCUGGCACCCCAUCAGAGCAGGGGGUGUCCUGAUCCUGGGGCAGGAGCAGGACACGUUGGGAGGCCGGUUUGAUGCCACCCAGGCUCUGGUGGGGGAGCUGGCCCAGUUUAACCUGUGGGAUCGGGUCCUGACCCCCUCGGAAGUUCGCAGCUUGGCCGAGUGCCAGGAGACAAGCGCUGGCAACGUGGUGCCCUGGGACGACCAGCACAUCGACGUCUACGGAGGGGCUGCCAAGUGGCCAUUCGAAUCCUGCCAGGAGCGACGAGGAAACUGAGACACACAGGAAACACACACACACAGAGAAAGAGACACACACACACACACAUACACACACACAAGCACAGCUUUUACCCAUCACUACAAAAUCAGCCAUUGGGAAUCAUUCAGUGAUACAGCAGUGUAACCUUGACUGCUUUAAAUAGUUUGAAUUGAAAAUGAAUGAACACAUUUUUAAACUAGUGCUCACACACACAGAGGAUUCUCAUAAUCGCGUCUUAAUCUGGAAGGUAAAAACAAAUAGUAUAUCCGAUCAUAGCCAAAUGCAAUCUGAAACAUCUGGGAGUGUCUGAUAAAAGAUGGGUGAAGACUGGUGCCAAAUCGAGGCAGUUAUCGUGUUCACCCGGUACAGACAGACAGUGCACAAUCCCCAUUUUUUUAGUGAGGACCCUAACAAGUUUGAAACAAGAUCUUUAAAAUCUUAGAGGAUAGUCACAGGCACAGUGGGAAAGGCAGUCGUAUGCCAAGGCAUCCCAGAGUGCUGUACAAAGUUAAAAACAAAACAAAAUAGCUCAUGUAUACAAUACAUAACCCAUUAUUAAAAAAAGUAUGUUUUCCAUUUAGGUUUAAAAUAAUCCAGUGUUUCAGCCUGCCUAAUGGUAACUGGAAUAGAGUUCCACAACCGAGGAGCACAACAGCAAAAAACUCCGGCUCCAGCUGUUUUAAGAUGACUUUUUGGAACAAUUAAAAGUUCUGCAUUUUCUGAUCUCAAAGAACAACUAGGAAGAUACAGAGUUAGUAGUUCUUGGAGAUAGAUGGUCCUAAUCCAUGAAAGGCCUAAUAAAGAUAUCACAGCAACUUAAAAAUCAAUUCGGUAGCUCACUGGUAACCAACGUAAGGACCUAAGCACUGGAGUAAUGUGUUGAGAAAGACGAGUAUGAGAAAGCAGUCUUGCAGCUGCGUUCUGAAUAAGCUGAAGCCUUCUGAGUUUAUUAGCAGGUAUACCAGCAAACAAAGAAUGGCAAUAAUCAAGACGAGAAGUUAUAAAAUGCAUGUAUCAACAUCUCUGAAUCACUCACAUCCAAUACAAAUUUUAAUUUCUGAUAACAGAAUUCAUUUGAAAAUCAAAAUUCGCUCUAGUGGAAGGUAAAAUGGAAUUUCCAUCAAAAUUAAUAUUGAUUGGAUUACGUUUCGUCAAAACCCCUUUUAGAAUCAAUUAACAAAACCUCAGUUUCGUCUGGGUUUAUUUUCAACCAGUUUGUAGCCAUCCAUAAUUGGAUCUCAGUUAAACAUUCUAAGUGUAUUUUGCCAUGUCUGCAUGCAGAGGAAAUGAUGCACAGAUUUGUGUAUCAUCAGCAUAAAAAUGAAAGUCAAGAUUGUAUUUUCUAAUCAUGUUCCCAAGAGGUAACAUGUAUACACUGAACACAAAGGGUCCACAACAGAGCCCUGAGGAACGCCACACUGUGCAGUACCUAUUUCAGAGGUACUGUUGCCCAGUGAGAUAAAUUGGUGACAAUGAGAUAGGUAGGAAACAAACCAAUCAAUAACUUUCCCAGAAAGACCAACAUGAGACUGCAGCCGAUUUAACAGAAUCUCAUGAUCAAUGGUAUCAAAUGCUGCAGAGAGAUCUAAAAGAAACAAAAAUUGAAAGAAUUCCAGGGUCUGUAGCCAUAUGAAGAUCAUUGCAAACUCUCAAUAAAGUACUAAAGUCUCAGUACUAUGACCAGAACGAAAACCAGGUUGAAAUGUUUCCAGCAAAUCAUUACUGCUGAGAUGCAUAAAAUUGGUCAGCAACAACUUUUUCAAUUACUUUUGCCAAAAAUGGCAUGUUGGAAAUAGGACGGUAGUUUCCUAACACCUCAGGGGAGAUAUCUUGUUUCUUAAGAAGAGGUCUCACCUGCACCAGUUCCAUAUCUAAAGUUAAAGAGGAAUUCACUAUGUUAUUAUUAUUAUUAUUUGUUUAUUUAGCAGGCGCCUUUAUCCAAGACGACUUACAGAGACUAGGGUGUGUGAACUAUGCAUCAGCUGCAGAGUCACUUACAACAACGUCUCACCCGAAAGACGGAGCACAAGGAGGUUAAGUGACUUGCUCAGGGUCACACAAUGAGUCAGUGGCUGAGGUGGGAUUUGAACUGGAGAACUCCUGGUUACAAGCCCUUUUCUUUAACCACUGGACCACACAACCUCCUGUAGCAACUUUACAACACCCAGUUAGUUAAGACAGGACCAAGGACUGAGAUGCACUCAUUGUUAGUUAAGACAGGGCCAAGGACUGAGAUGCACUCCUUAUUGAGCCAAGGGUCUAAACUGCGUGAAGUAGAAUAGAUGAGACUACUUUCUCAAUAUUGUCAUUAGAGACCGUUUUGAAAGUAACCAAUAAUUGUCCAGAUUUAAAAUAGCCAGUAGUAGAUGCACGAUGGGAGGCGAAGCCAAAUCAGCAGGUAGUAACUGUGCUCGAACUGCCUGAAUUGUAUCACUGAAAAAAAACAGUAAUUUGUUACACUGAGUAGUGGUGUUUACAUUCUGCAUAGUUACCAAUUUUGGAUUUAGCAAUUUAUCAAUUGUACUAAACAGAGUAGCAGGCCUAUUUUUUUCAAUAAGAAAAGUAGGUUGCUUUAGCUUUAUUCAAAGAAUCCUUACAUGAAAUUUCCAAAUCUCUAGGUCAAUACAGAACCCAGUUAUAAGAACUCUCUGUUUUCUUGUCUAUAGAUUAUAACAUGUCCUAAAAUGGAAUAGUAGAGGUCUGGAAAAACUGAUCUAGCAUGGAAGGUGUUGCUUUCUAGUCAGUUAGACAGCAGUCUGGAGAUUCAUUUGACUUGGGAGACAGCCUUUAUGAAACCGCAAAGCUUUUCUACAGCUAUGGCGAAAAGUUUUCCAUCACCCAGAAUUUUAGGAUUGAGACAUUAUUUUAUAUAUAUAUGAACAGAAUUUAGAUAUUAUAUUUAACAUUAUGUAAUCAAAGAAACUGUAAAAUAAUAUUGCAAAAGUCUACCAGAAGUCAUAAUAGUAGUACAGUAGUAUUUCAUGUUAAAUUUCUUAAUGUCACAUAUUUUAAAUCAGUUUUUUGUGAAGUACUGGAAAACGUUACAUUAUUCAACAGGUUUCACUCGACUUUAUGAAGCAAAAUUAGUAUUGGGAGAUGCAAAACUUUUGGUCAUAGCUGUAGUUAAUAUUAUCCAGCUUUUAUAAAUGAGGAAUAAUUUUAAACCUGGCAAUUGACUCUGCCUUACACUUUAGAGAACCCUGUUAUUGCAUUUCUACACAAAGCUGAUUUUGUACUGACGGGUGACAUUUGAAAACAUAUGUUACUGACCAUUAGGGUGAGCCAAGCCAACCAAGGAUCUCUUUAGUUUACUUGUCAAUCAAGUGUACAUUCAAUUAUUAUUUGGGUUUUUUAAACAUGUCACUCAAGGGCACGUAAAUAUAAAAAUGAUACACAGGCACUUCUACAGAUGUGUAGCUGAUCUUGGUCAAUUCCACUUGUAAUUGUGUUAUUCAUAAUUGACUCCAGUUACAACGUAACUGCAAUGUAAUUGUGGUUCAACCUUGGCACACCCGCGUAAUUGUAAUUGUACCAUAAAAAUGAUCAAUUACAGUUUAAUUACAUAUUUAUUUGUCCUACUUAGAAUUUCAUCAUUUGUGAUCCACUGAUUAUCACCAUUAUUUUGCAAAAUGACAAAAAAUAUUAUAAAUGAUGUAUUUGUGCCUGUGAUUAAUGCUUGGGUUAUUAAGAAUAUGAGAAUCCGAGUAAACAUGUUAAUGUGUGCAUUGUUACUUUUCAGUAUAAUUGUAAUUACUGCAGCAUAAUUGUACCUGUAUUUGUAAUUGAACAAAAUAGCACUGUAAUUGUAAUUGAAAGCAGGUCUGGUGUGUAGUAGAGAGACAGGGCCUGCAGGAACUGCUUAUUGCUUUCAUUGCACUUUAGGUUGAUUGACCAAAAACAGUCCUAAUUGGCUCCUUCGUUAUCGAGUAUAUUAAUCGAGCCCUAUCUGAGUUAAAAAAAAAAAAAAACUCAACAGGUUUUGUGUCUUGAAUUUUGUUCUGUGUUGGUGUGUGUGUUUGAAAUGGCUUUACAUGUCAUUGUAUUUACUGUUUGUGAUUGAUUCUCAGGUCUGUUGCUCCUCCAGUAUUCAAUUUUGAUCAUUUUCCACCUGUAGAAUUCCUGAUCCCAAAGAAAUCAAGUAAACCAGUGACCUUUUAACUCUGCUGGCCUGACCUUACUCAUAAUUACGAUUGGGGUCAGUGGAGCUGAUAGGUAAUUAAUUAGUCAUUUAGAAGACGCUUUUAUCCAAAACAACUUAUAGGGACUGGGUGGUGAACUAUGCUUCAUCAACAACUGCUGCAGCAGAGUCACUUACAAUAUGACCUCGGUUUUACGUCUCAUCCGAGGGGUCAUGUGAUUUGAAUCAGGAAGUACUCAAAAGGAGCCAGAAACUAGUAUUCUACAGGCUCAUUUAAAGUUAAUAUUGGAGUGACAGCGCUUAUCAGAACCACUCAGAAUGCUUGAUACAUCACAAAAGGGUAACGGAAAUGUGAAUCAAUAAAUAAACAGAGAUUUGAAGACACAUACAUUCUUCUUAAACUGUGGUUUUGUAUUAUUAUUAUUAUUAUUAUUAUUAUUAUUAUUAUUAUUAUUAUUAUUAUUAUUAUUAUUAUUAUUAUUAUACAUAUAUACACACAGACACACACCCAGUCUGUGAAGUGCCUGACCGAUUAAAUAACCGUCUUAUUUUAUAACUGACUUUUUAUUUCAACAUUAAAUGUUAAAUAUGGUAUUUGUGGAUAUUAUUAGGACAAAAAAGUACCACUUCAAAUAUUCAACAUAUAGACAUUUUGUAUCUAUCUAUCUGUCUAUCUGUCUAUCUGUCUAUCUGUCUAUCUGUCUAUAGGACGUGAAUCUUCCUCUUAUCUGGGGUGCUGACAUUUUUACUUCCUUAGUGAGGCUGUACAAUGACAAUGGUUUACCCCUUACAUAGAUACUUCUUAAAAGCCGAGUACAAGUAUGAGCAUCAGCCCUCCACUACUCACUCUAUCUAGCUAGUCUUUAUCUGUCUGUUGUAAAAAAAAUGUUUGCAUUAUGAGUUUACUCCUAUCAGUGAUCUUUAUGAAUGACAUGCAUGGUGUUGUUUUGAGAUUAGCAGCUGAAACGUGUCGAUUCAAAUCAAAGAUAUUCUGUUCGUGUUCUGGUAAAAAUGUGGUUCUGUUUUUCAGUCAGUGAGUGAGCCGACGUCACUGUUUACUGUCACCGUGUACAAAAGACAAACAGCAGAUUUAUGGAUGCUAUGCCAUUCUCUCUCUCUCUCUAAAAUCUGUGACUUGGUCCUUUAUCUAUAAUAAUAAAAAGAGAAAGCAUGACCAUGGUUAACAUUUUAAGGCGGGGGGUAUCAUUUUCACUGUUUCACUUAUUUGUCAGUUGGCUUUUAUGGAGUUCAAUAUUUAAAAAGAAAUUGCUGGGCUGCAGUGUGGAAGGCAGUAGGUUUGAGUAGCUCAGUGGUUAGAUAAAGAAAGCGCUGGGCUGCAGUGUGGAAGGCAGUAGGUUUGAGUAGCUCAGUGGUUAGAUAAAGAAAGCGCUGGGCUGCAGUGUGGAAGGCAGUAGGUUUGAGUAGCUCAGUGGUUAGAUAAAGAAAGCGCUGGGCUGCAGUGUGGAAGGCAGUGGGUUUGAGGAGCUCAGCGGUUAGAUAAAGAUAGUGCUGGGCUGCAGUGUGGAAGGCAGUAGGUUUGAGUAGCUCAGUGGUUAGAUAAAGAAAGCGCUGGGCUGCAUUGUGGAAGGCAGUGGGUUUGAGCUGCUCAUUGGUUAGAUAACGAAAGAGCUGGGCUGCAGUGUGGAAGGCAGUGGGGUUUGAGGAGCUCAGUGGUUAGAUAAAGAAAGCGCUGGGCUGCAGUGUGGAAGGCAGUGGGUUUGAGGAGCUCAGCGGUUAGAUAAAGAAAGCGCUGGGCUGCAGUGUGGAAGGCAGUGGGUUUGAGGAGCUCAGCGGUUAGAUAAAGAUAGUGCUGGGCUGCAUUGUGGAAGGCAGUGGGUUUGAGUAGCUCAGUGGUUAGAUAAAGAAAGUGCUGGGCUGCAUUGUGGAAGGCAGUGGGUUUGAGUAGCUCAGUGGUUAGAUAAAAAAAAGUGCUGGGCUGCAGUGUGGAAGGCUUUGAGGAGCUUAGUGGUUUGUGGAGUGUCUCAAGUGCUUGAAAUAAACAAUUAUUAGAGGGGAAGUGAAAAUGGUACUGCAGAUACAGCAAAUACAUGAAACCUAUGGUGCUAAAAAGGAGAGAGAGAGAGAGAGAGAGAGAGAGAGAGAGAGAGAGAGAGAGAGAGAGAGAGAGAGAGAGAGAGAGAGAGAGAGAGAGAGACUGUGUAGCUGUGCUGAGUUGCACUGGCUCUUUUUAGAUUAGAUAAUAUUUCCUACUGUACCUCUGUACCUGUUCAGGUAUAUUUGCUGUUUUUUCUUUCUGUAAAAACACAAUUGUGUGAAGUCUUGAAUACAAAUAAAAUCUUGACACAUGA